AAACCCACCAUAUCCAACCGAAAAAAACAUGCAAGACCACCACCGAAGAAACGUGCAAGACUACCACUAAAGAAACAAGCAAAACCACCACUAAAGAAACAUGCAAGACCACCAAAAAAAUAUGCAAGACUACCACCAAAGAAAC